GGUACAUGUACCAUUAGCAUCUGAUCCGUCUUCCUCAACCUUCUCGCGCAGUAAAUCCGCCUGCAGACAUCUAAGCCGCGACGGCUGCUGCUACGCAUCCAGAUCGCGAUAUCUCCACCGUCACGAACACCGUACAGAUUCCAGACCGCCCGCAACCGCAGCGCUCAGUGUUACGAAGAUAAACAUGGGCCAGCGCUCCUCCCUCGUCCUGGGCUUGCAGCAGACGUUCUGGAUCCCCGCUCCGCGCUUCACAGAGAAGGAAUUGGGUGAUCUGGAAGGCACGGUGACCAUCGUAACAGGCGGCUACACCGGCAUCGGCCUACAACUUGCACACAUCCUGUACGGCGCGAACGGGACGCUGUACAUUGCGGGGCGCUCGCGGGAGAAGGCGGAAAUGGCGCUUUCCUCGCUGCGCCAUGCAUCUCCCAACUCAAAAGGCCGUGUGGAAUUCCUGCAGCUCGAUCUCGCGGACCUCUCCAGCAUAAAACCCGCCGUGCAGGAGUUCCUGGGGAAAGAAGAGAGGUUGGAUGUGUUGGUCAAUAAUGCGGGAGUUAUGUGGCCGCCGCCGGGCAGCGUGGGGGCCCAAGGUUACGAAGCGCAGAUUGCGACGAACGUGUACGGGCCCUUUCUCCUUACGCAUUUGUUGCAUCCUAUCCUUGCGCGGACGGCUAGUAAGAAAGAGAGCGGGGAGGUGCGGGUGUGCUGGGCGGGUAGUAUUGGAAUCGAGUUAGCUGCGCCGAAGGGCAGCGUGCUAUUUGAAGAGGCGAGAGAUGGGAGUGGUGAAAGAGUGAAGGAAGGGUUGGACAAGAUGGAAACGUAUGGUAUGACCAAGUGCGCGAAUGUGAUCCUGGGCGUUGAAGGCGCGCGUCGGGAUGCCGCCGAUGGGAUCGUCCACGUCUCGUUCAACCCGGGCAACCUCUACUCCGAGCUCCAACGCCACGCGUCAUGGCUCGAGUUCUUCGCGCUCAAAGCCAUUCUCUACCCUACUAAGUUUGGCGCGUACACGGAGCUGUUCGCGGGGUGGAGUCCGGAGAUUACGAGCGCGAACAACGGGUGCUAUGUUGUGCCGUGGGGGCAGAUCGGGACGUAUAAUGUGGGGAUGGAGAGGGCGAUGGCGAGGAAGGAGGAUGGUGGGGAGGGGAAGGCAGAGAGGUUGUGGGAGGUUUGCUGGAGAGUUACGCGAGAGUUUAUGUAGCGCCUGUGGUGGUGUGGUGACGUGGUGGGACGAGGAUGUCACGAUUUUCAGGUGCAGGGUAGGAUGAUAGGAUUGGUUGGUGAGUUUGGCUGUGCAUUUCUCAUGCAAAGCAGCGAUGUAGAUGGGGAGUAGACGUUCUGGGCUUUGCUGUUGAUGGAGGAGGCGAGAACUGUUUCGCAAACGAGCAGCUUGCAUAUGACCGCGAUCUUUGUUGUAUAAUCAAGAGGCUCUUUACGUCAGGA